AUGUCUUCAGGUCUCAAAGAUAAUCAAGUUCUGGCUUUGAUGGGUAUGGGUCGAGAAGCACUUUCAAAGGAGCUUCAGCAAAAGAAGCGCGCAGAAAAUAAUCAGCUGAAAAGGGCCUGCCUUGAAGAACUGCAGCAUGAGGCCUCAGAGGAUGCUUGGUAUAAUUUGAAAUUACUACGAACUCUUCUAGGGGGGUUUUAUAUUGCUGAUACUAACAAUGAUGGACGUCUUGAGACCUCUGAGCUGUUGAAAACUCUCAAAAAUAAGGAUGAAGAGAGUUAUCAAGUGAUGAGGAACUUUGUAGAGGCUUGCGACGUCGGCAAAGACCAGAAGCUCAAUCUUGCAGAGUUCUUUAUCCUAGGCGUCCUCCGAGGUUUCCGCAAAGUUGAGCAAGCAGGUGCUUCGGACUCUUAA